UACCACCGACUACUCCUGCGUAAAGAACAGAGUUCCGAAUUAUUUCUGAUCGGAGCCUUGAGCAAUUUACGAGUUAUUUAGGCACAGAGGAAUCAACGAUGUCGAGGUUUCAGCUUAUGAUUUUUAUAGCUUUGCAUAAUUAAUGAAACAUUCGUAAUUAUAUCUAAAACGGUGUUUGAGUUGAGAAAUACUAGACUAAAGAAGAGAAGAAUAGAAGAUUUAAAAAGCGAGUACCUUGCUAAAUAAAAUUUUAUGUCCAUGAACAAGAUUUAGAAUUAGAAAAAGCAAUUUUACAAAGUUAACCUUUUAACGAACGCACGUUACAUUGUAAAAUUAUCGGCGAUUAAACUCCGCUAGGAUCCUUCGUUAAUUGCACUUUUUCUGCAUUUGUAUUGCAGUUCUGCCAUUAUUGGUUUUGUACAAUUGAAUAAAACAACUUAUAAAUUGACAUUGAAAAAUCUAUCAACAAAUCGACAAAAAUGACUGCCCCAACUCAAGGAGGCACAGCUCAUUCAAUGAACGAUCCAGUAGUUAAAGCCGUAGUUGACAAUAUUAUAGGAAAUCUGGCUACAAAAAGAUCACAAGUAAGAUGUAGCGAUUGCGAUUUAGACUUUACCAGUCAGAUUGUGCUGGAUGCUCACCUUCAAGGAGCUCGACACGCAAAACAAAUGAGGUCCAAAAAUAUACUUGCAACGUUGGAAGAAACCAAUGUUGCUUUUAGUAAAGAUCAAGAAACCAAUGGUUUAAAAUGUAAUGUUUGCAAUGUAUAUUUAAAUUCUAUUCAACAACUUCAAACUCACUUAAAUGGAAACCGUCAUAAGAAAAAAAUGUCGAAAGGUGACUGGACUGGUAAAGAGAUCAUCUCAAGGAGCAAGCUAUCCGACAUGCCAUCAAAUUGUAUACCUCAACCUAUGCCGAAAAAUGGUUUACUUUCAUGUAAUUCAUGCAAUAAAUUCUUCAACUCUCACUCGCAAUUGAACGUGCAUUUAUCAUCACAAAAGCAUUCGGAUAAAGUGAACAAUAUUAAGAGUAGUAAAAAGAAGCGAUAUAGUCCAUAUUGGAAGAAAGGUAACAAAAUGAUAAAUGCAAGUACAAAACCAUUAGCAAACAAUUUCAUUUCAGGUGGAUAUGCAACAUAUGCCUGAAACAUAAACUUUUUUAAUUGACACAAACAUUGAAUGUAUACACAAAAAUUUAUUGAAUUGUACACAUCAACAAUUUAUUAACAGUAAGAAAGCCUCAUUCUUACAAUCCACAAAAACAUUAUAAAUCAUGUAUUAAACAUU